AGACAAAACUCCAUGUGAUCACAUAUAGGCAGCCUCAGUGAGGCUGAUGCUGUGCAGCAAGCAGUAGGUAAUGAGUCUUUGUGCAGAGUGAAGCUCUUGUCGCUGAACAAUAAAGCAUAUGGUACCAGCAAUAAAACACAGGGCAGGGAAAUUUAAGAAGAUUCUGCUGAACCAGGAAGAACUGUGCUUUCAGUGAUGCUGGCACAUAAAAUGAUAAUCAAUAUAUUUUGGAUUCUAAUGAAUAAAGAGUGCAAGGACUAAGACUCCAGCUAUUUGAACAGGUACAUGUGACAGCGCUGCAGCUAUGAGUGGAAUUUUAAAGAGGAAGUUUGAAGAAGUUGAUGGCUCCUCGCCCUGCUCCUCUGUGAGGGAAUCAGAUGAUGAAGUUUCCAGCAGUGAAAGUGCUGACAGUGGGGACAGUGUCAAUCCAUCCACUUCUAAUCACUUUACCCCUUCCUCCAUUCUCAAAAGGGAGAAGCGGCUGAGGACAAAGAAUGUCCAUUUUAGUUGUGUCACCGUAUACUACUUUACCAGGAGGCAAGGCUUCACGAGUGUGCCCAGCCAAGGGGGCAGCACCCUGGGAAUGUCCAGCCGCCAUAACAGUGUACGACAGUACACCCUUGGCGAGUUUGCAAGGGAGCAGGAGCGGCUUCACCGGGAGAUGUUGAGAGAACACCUCAGGGAAGAAAAACUGAACUCCUUAAAACUCAAGAUGACUAAGAAUGGCACAGUGGAAUCUGAAGAAGCCAGCACUCUUACAGUGGAUGACAUUUCUGAUGAUGACAUUGACUUAGACAACACAGAGGUAGAUGAAUACUUCUUCCUACAACCCUUGCCAACAAAAAAACGAAGAGCCCUGCUGCGUGCUUCUGGAGUGAAAAAGAUUGAUGUGGAAGAAAAGCAUGAGCUGCGAGCCAUUCGCCUCUCACGAGAGGACUGUGGCUGUGACUGCCGAGUGUUCUGUGAUCCAGACACGUGUACCUGCAGCCUGGCAGGCAUUAAAUGCCAGGUGGAUCGUAUGUCUUUCCCGUGUGGCUGCACUAAAGAAGGAUGUAGUAACACAGCAGGUAGAAUUGAAUUUAAUCCUAUCCGUGUUCGGACUCAUUUUUUGCACACAAUAAUGAAACUUGAACUGGAGAAAAACCGAGAGCAGCAAAUCCCCACACUGAACGGCUGCCACGGUGAGAUAAGUGCUCAUAGUAGUUCCAUGGGCCCUGUCGCUCACUCCGUAGAAUAUUCUAUCGCAGACAAUUUUGAGAUUGAAACCGAACCUCAGGCUGCAGUGCUGCACCUGCAGUCUGCUGAGGAAUUAGAUUGCCAAGGAGAGGAGGAGGAAGAAGAGGAGGAUGGGAGCAGCUUUUGCAGCGGAGUCACUGAUUCUAGCACCCAAAGCUUGGCACCGAGUGAGUCAGACGAAGAGGAGGAGGAGGAAGAGGAGGAGGAGGAAGAAGAUGACGAUGACGACAAAGGAGACAGCUUCGUGGAAGGUCUGGGCACCCAUGCCGAAGUUGUCCCACUUCCUUCCGUCCUUUGUUAUUCUGAUGGCACUGCUGUUCACGAAAGCCACACAAAGAAUGCGUCUUUUUAUGCCAACUCUUCAACUCUGUAUUACCAAAUAGAUAGCCACAUUCCAGGAACCCCUAGCCAGAUCUCUGAGAACUAUUCUGAAAGAGAUACUGUCAAAAACGGUACCCUUUCGCUGGUGCCUUACACCAUGACCCCGGAGCAAUUUGUCGACUAUGCCCGACAAGCAGAAGAGGCCUACGGUGCCUCCCAUCAUUACCCACCUGCCAACCCCUCUGUAAUCGUUUGCUGCUCCUCUUCCGAAAAUGAUAGCGGUGUGCCCUGCAAUAGCUUAUAUCCGGAACACAGGUCCACUCAUCCCCAAGUGGAAUUUCACUCAUACUUGAAAGGCCCCUCCCAGGAAGGGUUUGUCUCUACAUUGAAUGGUGACAGUCACAUUUCAGAGCAUCCUGCUGAAAAUUCUUUGAGCCUUGCAGAAAAGAGCAGAUUGCACGAAGAGUGCAUCAAAUCACCCGUGGUUGAAACAGUCCCUGUUUAGUAGCUUAAAUUAUUCUAGAACCAACUCUUCUCCUAUGUAAGGCGCUGUAUUUAAUUGAAUUUCCUGGGCUCAUCGUUGUUUAAACUGAAGACCAAGAAAACUUGGACUGUUGUUACUCUUCCAGACUGUAUUUUGUUUUUUCCUUUCUAGCCACAUGACUGCGGCAUUGCACAAAUACAGUCUCUAUAGGGAUUUUAAAAGAUUUCAGACUGUUUUGAUAGAAAAUGCUCAGUUUUAAAAAUGCAUAUCUCACAGUUGCCUACCUGUCAAACUGUGUGAAACCUGCCAAACUGUGUAGAUCAGAGCUCCAAGUUUUGGAUUAUCGGGCCUGUGCAAGAUUGUUAACUAAGACUGGGAAAUAAGCAGAUUUAGAGUCCUAAUUUUCAAUAUAUCUGAAGAUGAUGGUGACUUUUUAAUGUAAAAGUAAUUAUUGUAAGAAAAAGAUUUAAUUGUUCCAUGUGUACUUUAUUUAUGGUAGUUUAGAAGUCAUGUUUUGAUGCAAAAGAACAGCAGCAUGUUCAUUCAAGCCGUAGCUGCAUAGCUAGUUCCACAGAGCAUGCCCACAUGGAUUGCACCUGGAAUCCAUUCACAUUUUUAUGAUCAUGACUGAUCCAAUUUGCAAAUACUUUCUUAAAGGUGAAAUAGGCCUAUUUUUGCUAUUCUGGACAAACAAAUGAGUCUAUAUGUGCAGGUCCUUACACAAUUUUCUCUAAAGUUCAGAGUCAGGACAAUCCUCUAGGGAGGGCCUAGUUCACUGCCCUCCCUCAGUAGACUCCAGAAAUGGAGGUGGAAGGAAUUGCCUUUCUUUUUUUAGACAGCAUCAUCUUGGUUCUUAGUUUGGACAGCACCUUUAAACUCUACCCCCUACAUCAAAAUGCACUUUAGUGCCCCUUCACGGUACCUCGUGUGGGGUGGGGAGUGAGAACUCUUUGAGAUGAAAAGUUUUAAAAAUUGAGAAAAAGAUCUUUAACUAUUAUAAGGUUCAUAUAAUUAAUAUAGAGGAAUCAUCCAAUGAUACUCAUGAAGGAAAAGUCACCUAUUUUCCUUCACCACUCUAAGGACCUAACUCAGUAAGGCAGAGGAGGCUGAGGACACACGGAAGAGACACAGCCUCCGCAACCAGCCUUUUCUACAGCGUGAUCAAUCCAUCUCUACAAAAUAAGAGUAAAGUGAGAUUUCCACUUAGUGACUAGCUGAUUGAAGGGAGGGCCUCUACCCAAUUACUCAACUAGGCCUUACUUUUCUGAAGCAUUUUGAUUUGUCUUGCCUGGGACAGCUAGCAGAACAGCCCAGAAGGCAGUGCAUACUUUCUAAUUACCUCACGUUCUCUUAUUAAAGGGGACAGAUAGAAAUAAAACAUGCACUCCCCACCUUUAGAUUACCUGCACUUGGUUCGUCGGAGGACUUCUAGGAUUCUGUUUUCCUGUAAAUUAAUUUAGGUAACUAAAUAGUGUAUUCUGCCUUUUGUUUUUCAAUGCAGUAUGACUGUGCUAAAUCUGUUUCACAUUUUCGACUUUCUAUUAUUCUGUCAUUUCACAUGAUUUAUAACUGUUUGAAAUAUGAACAUGCCUUGCUAUUUGGUGACUGCAUCGCUACUUAAUUUUUAUGUCUUUUAGACUAGGGUAUUUAGAAUUAUGGAUAUAAAUGUAUUAUAGAUCUCAAUUUCUUAAAAAUAUACUACUUUAUUUAAUUGAACUUAAAAAUGCUUGAUCUAGAGAAAGUCCUCCAAUGGAAAAGAUUCUACUAAAACUUGAUUUGGGGAAAACAUGUUUACUUGGCAGCUCUUCCACUGUGCAAUUGGCUCCUACUCCUCCCCUUUCCUCCAAAAUUUGGGCCAAAUUUAUAACCAUCAAUAUGAACAUUAAAAGAGCCUUGGGCUUGUCUAUGUGGGUAGUAGUCAUGAGGGCAGGGCUGCUCCUUUUGAACGAUUAGCCUUUUGGGCUAAUCAGAUUGGGCCUUUGCUCAAAUCUUAAUAAGUAUAUCCCAUGUUAUCUGCAAAGUUAGUUUUUAGUGCUUAAUUUUUACACUUUUCCCCUUCCUGACACAAUCGAAAGAGCACGGUCUCCCCCCCAAAACGACAAGAGGCUAUUGUUUCUUCACUCAAGCGCACGAAAGAACCGUGUGUACUAUAUGUGCUAGAUCAUUACAAGCUCUUGAAGGAUCUGUCUAUGAAGCACUCUGAGUUUAUUCUUGGAACAUGGAGAGUGGGAGACUGAGGAAGCCCCUGCUCUGGCUGGAGCAAAGAUGAAGGGUAGAAUGACAGGUUGACAGUUCAGUUUCUGAAAAGAGAGCUAUUUUAAUUUUAGUUCAGGUUUAUUUUAUUUGUUUUAGAUCAAACAAGAAGGUUUGACACUUAACUUUUUCAUAUUUGGCUGGGUAUUUGUUUUAUACCUUUGUUUUCAAAAGGAUGCUUUAAAACACAGAGCUUUUUUCCUCCCUCUUUCUGUUCAGUUGGUAUAGAAAGUCAUUGCCCUGCUAAGAAGAAUACACCAUCCAACCAUGACAACUUCCAUUCCAAAUGUUCACAUACCUUACUAAUCCCGAAACAUUUCCCACAUACUACAUACACAGGCUACCUAUUAAAAUACUUCCAUGUACCUAACACACACAUAUAUGCACAUACAAAAUAUAUGCAUACCACACACUAGAGAAUGACAGAUUUUAGGCAAUGGUCAGUAAUAAGUACUGGGUUUUUUCCACCCCAGAAUCUAGAAGGGUCUUAUGAUCUAAGAAAUGUGGUUUAGGAAAGAGGGCAAUUUGUAAAGCUAUACUUUGAAAAUAUCAGGUUGAAGUUGCAAAUAAUACUAAUGAUGGGAUCAUUUCAUUGUUACUUCCAUUCCCAGAAAAGCUGAGAGGGCAUACUGUUCCAUCUGACUUUCUUUUUCUAUUAAUAGCCCUUCUAUUCAACAAAACUGUCCACAUGCCAGAAAAGUGCUACAGUCAUUCUAAGCUUUUUUUUUUUUUUCAAAAAAAGGGGAUCAAGCUAGAUGCAGCCAGUCGGGACACUUAAGAUCUUUAUACCAGGACACAAAAAUCUGACGUGCAGCUGUUAUAUUGCCCCCAUAGUAUAUGUAACCAAAUUGUAGUGUUUUUGACACACAGCUUUAUAGUCAUUCACUAUCAAUUGCGAAGCUUCAUGUGCCAGUCCUCAUUGUUUUAGUACCAGCCCUCUACCUUUAAAUGGGGCUUAAUUCCCAGUUAUAAUCCUGGCCAAAAUGAUUUGCAAGUCAAGUAGUAAGAGCAGCUUGCAUCUCCUUUGUCAUUUCUGAUUUCCUUCAGGAGAAAGAAGUCAAUGAAAGAAAUUUACUUAAGUUUGCCCCCCUUAUCUCUCGAUUAUCAAUUAUUAAGACAUAGGUAAAAUCUAUUUGUCUCAUGUUUUUUGGUUGAUUGAAAAUACAGUUAAUUUCUGAAGACCAGUUUUUUCUUUGUGAUGAAACCAUUUUUCCUAGUGUGCCAACCGCAUAAAAAAAAUGUGAGACCAAAGUUUCUUAGAGUGAUUAACAUCUUUGCAAUUAUUAUGGCCCAGCAAUGUUCACCCACCAAUCACCCACAAAAAAAAAAAAAAAAAAUGCCAUGGGUUGCAUAAA